GCUUCCUGCCCCUUUUUUGCAAACCCAAACAUGCGAGUGCGAGGUCUGAAAAGUAAAAUGCAUAUUGUCAACAAAAUUAGUUUAAAAUUAGUUUUUAAAUGCAGUUCAUCAACACACCCAUAAUGUAGGUAAUAGGUUGGUAAAGUUAUUUGUGAAGUGGUUGGUUUAUUAAUUCAUAAUAACUUGAGAAUAUUGAACUCUGGUGACAUAACCUAUCUAACCGUAGUAGCCUAAACACCGUUUUAACAAAAUCGGCAUAAUUUGUGUUUUAUGUUGAGCUUUAUCAAUUUAAAACUUUAUGAGUUUAUAUAAGAACUAUUAAUAAGUUAGAUCGGUAUAGAAAUUGAAAUACCGUAUUUUUAUAAACAAGAUCGAACUGAAUAUGACCGAUAACUGUAGCCUAAUUGUGCCUGUGAUGGCUGUACAACAUGGAACAGAAAACCAUUUUUGUAGACAACAUGGACCAAAGAGGAAGGUCUUCUUUGUUUUAUGCUGUACAGUCAUGAUUUUUGCAGCUGUUUUUGUUUUGGGAUUACAAGAUGAAUUUCAAAAGAGGAACUGAAAUUCGUUUCUAAGCAGCACUCACAGUAUUUGAGAAAUUAUUCUUUUGCAAUGAGAAAUGUUUGUUGAGGUAAAUUCUUCAAAAGCUCCUAACGUUCGGGAAAUUUCUGCAAGAUUUCCACCAUGACAUCAAUUUCCAGCAAUAUUGCUAAGGUCUUAAUUGCCUUAGUUUUAUGCGCUCUUCUUUUGAAUGUAUAUUUCUUAUCAGUGAUUUUUUCUCACGAGAAAGAAAUUGAUAGCAGUUUAAAGGAAAGUAUGAAACAAUCGGAGAAAGUUAUGGAGAAGAUAUUGAAAAGGCCUUUCAUUCGGUUGGCGCCUCGAAAUGUUUCAACGGAAGAGAACACAACAUUUCUUGCUACUCGUAAAAUUCUGGCAGCAGUAUCAAAUUUGAAGAACGUCCACAGACGGUUUUCCAUGCAGACUGUUAACCGACUGCAAAAUUUAGAAAACAACUUGAAGAUAUCGUCGUCCGUUCCAAUUGACUUAUGGGACGCAGCUGCUAAAUGGGUUAGUGAACGUGAAACGAUUCCUGAUGGCAAGACACAGCUGCUCGGAAGUGUUCUGAAUGCACUCACCUCUAGUAAGAUAAUUCGAGCAGAGAAUACACGAAAAGGAACGCAGCUGAAAAUACUUAUCACCCUGGAGGGCGGUCAGAAGGCUCUUUUCAAACCUCAGUGGUACAAAAGAGAGGAGAUAAUAGGAGGGCCGGUGUACGCGGGCAAGGACCGCCACAACGGCGAAAUAGCCGCCUUCCACCUGUCGCUGCUGCUCGGUCUGAGGCGAGUGCCGCUCACAGUUGGCAGGACUGUCGACCUGCGCCGAGAAAUUCUCCCUGUCGCCGAGCUUAACCUCUCAAAGACUUUCUUCCAGGAUGGCAAUAACACGUGCUUGUACGGGGUGUGCUACUACUGCAGGCCUGACGACGCGGUGUGUGCCAAGAGGGACAUGAUGGAGGGCGCUGUCAUCCUGUGGCUGCCAGACCACUUGCAGCUCAAGAAGCACCGCCACCCCUGGCAGAGAACAUACAGGGCGCAUGCGCCAGCCAAAUGGGAAAUAUCGUCAAGUUACUGUUCAACAGUCCGAAAAAACACGCUAUACUCGCAGGGACCAAGGCUAUUGGAUAUCAUAGAUACAGCAAUAUUCGACUUUUUGAUAGACAACGGAGACAGACAUCACUACGAGGUGUUGUCCUCUUUUGGCCACUCUGUAGUUCUACUGCUCGACAAUGGAAAGAGCUUUGGUAACCCAAAAGUGGAUCACAUAGAUAUACUUGCACCUCUCUAUCAAUGCUGCAGAUUGCGCAAAUCGACGUGGUUCCAGCUGUGGACGCUGCAAGGCGGGAAACUGGGCGAGUGGCUGGAUCGACUCAUGCGCAGUAGUCACUUGCAUCCGGUGUUGAGCAAGGCCCACCUGCAGGCCUUGGACCGCCGGCUAGGCCUUGUGUUGGCCGCUGUGCAUGUCUGUAUAGCCGAGAACAACAGUCGUGAGGAUCGGGUCAUCAUUGACGAUUGACUCAGCUUUCAAAACAAUAUAACAUUUGUUGAUGAUGUGCAACUUCCCCAUGAAUUGAUGAAUAUUUCAACAAUAUACAUAAUUUUUAAUUCAAAUUUUCAAUCGAUAGAUACUGCACUAUUAUCACAUCAGUGAGGAAAAAUGUGUAUCAACAAUAUUCUUCUAGCUGUCAAAACAUUCUAUUCACAUAUUACUUGUACAUUAUCAGUAAUAGCUAUUUCAUCUGCCAUUACUCAGCAAUUUGUUGUUUUUGGUUUAUAGAAUUGAAUCAGUAAACAAAUCUAAUACCAAGUAGUUCACAUCCAAAAUACUUAGAAGAGAGCACUCAAUACUAAAAACAAAACUUUACCGAUCAAGUUAUUAAAUUAAACUGAUGAGCCAUCGAUGAACCUCCAAAUGAAGCAAUCAGAUGACCUUAAUUUUCCUUCUUGAGCAAUCAAAAAAGUUGAUAUUGUUCUAUAAAUAUAUCAGCUACAUACCUACCGUAUGUCCCAUGUUAUUACUCCCACAUAAGAUAUCUGUUCGAGUACAAACAAAAAAAUUAUUGCGAUCUGCUAAAUUCGAGAAUGAAAAUAAAAUCAAUUACAUUUUUUUUAAUUGUCUGAUAAUGAACUUUAAAUAUAUUUUAAAACGCCCUCGCCGACAAAUAUUUCACAAUACCUCUGAAUUAUAAUAGAAUAUAUGAUAAUUAUUGAAUGAGACAAAAGUCAGGAGUAUCAAUGUAUGGUUGAUGUUUCAUAAAUAAGUUAUCACUAUGGACUAUAGAUCAGGUUGCAUCAUCAAAUGGAAUUUUCUUAGUUGAUUGAAGCAAUUACAGGAAAUAGUAACCAGUAUAACUUUUAUUCCAGGGUGAUUGAAUAGAUGAAAAAAGAUUAUAAUACUUUUAUAAACUAAAACAACUUUUAAUUAUUAACUGCACUUACUCAACACUCUGUCGACACAAAAUCCUCGGCCACCUUGUUGCAGUUGUACAGGUUCUUCACUGAUGUGGAGCACCUGAUGGAAUCAAGAUGGCAUCCCUGCACAUUGUACUCACAAAAGAGGAUGUUCAUUUUCUGAAGCUCGGUGUCAAUGUACUAGGUCUGGCCGAGAAUGGUUUCAUGGUGGGGCUUGAGGUGGGCGCCGCGCUCCAAUAUCACCUUGUUCAGGAAGUUGUGGAUCAAGUCAGCAUUGCAUGCCAGGUAGAUGUGCCAGAGAGCACCUGGCUGGAUGCCUGGCUCACGCAUGCAUCUUCAUGUCAGAAUGUCGCCAUUUUCCUUGUCAAUGCCUAGAAGCGCUCACAAGCCCAGUCAGCACAUCCCCACCAAUGGACAAUCCU